AUGGCUGUCGUCCCUGGCUCAGCCUCUCAUUAUCUCUGCUGGCGGAAUAUUCUACUAUUCUGUGCAUGCCUAUAUUUGUUUGCUGAUAAUAAAACUGGAGUGGUAGCCUUAAGUAAGCGCUAUCAUUUGGGACGUUAUUGGCACGGUUUCCUUGGUGAACCAACUAAAAUUCCUUCCCUACAAAGGGAACGUGAAGUACCCGAUUUAUGGUUUGAACAGCCAUUGGAUCAUUUUAGUGAUGCCGCAAAUAAGCCAACAUGGAAACAACGAUAUUUUGUAAAUGAUGAAUACUAUCGUAAUGAUAGUACGGCACCGAUAUUCCUGAUGAUUGGUGGUGAAGCUGAGGCCUCAAAGAAAUGGAUGCGUGAAGGUGCCUGGAUCCAUUAUGCUGAACAUUUUGGUGCAUUAUGUUUUCAAUUGGAACAUCGUUUCUAUGGUAAAUCACAUCCAACAAGCGACCUCUCAACCGAAAAUUUGCAAUAUUUAACAUCUAAGCAAGCCCUUGCCGAUUUGGGCGCAUUCGUACUGGCCAUGAAGGAACAAUAUAAUUUGGCACCCUCACAAAAAUGGAUUGCAUUUGGAGGUUCUUAUCCUGGAUCGUUGGCUGCAUGGGCUAGGGAAAAAUAUCCUGAUUUAAUAUAUGGAUCCAUAAGUACCAGUGGACCACUACUUGCAAAAUUGGAUUUUACAGAAUACUUUGAGGUUGUCAAGGCAUCAUUGGCCAGCUAUAAAUCCGAAUGUGUUGAUGCUGUGGCUAAGGGUUUUGCCCAAGUUGAAAUACUUUUGAAACACAUGAUUGGUCAACGUACUUUGGAUGAGAAAUUUAAGACCUGUACCCCCAUUAAGGAUUCAAUUGAAAACAAUUUGGAUAUUUCCAAUUUAUUUGAAAAUAUUGCAAGUGAUUUUGCUGGUGUGGUACAAUAUAAUAAAGACAACAGUCCACAUGCAAAAAUUACCAUCGAUGAGGUGUGUGAUGUUAUGUUGAAUACAACAAUUGGACCUCCGGUUACACGUUUGGCAGCUGUCAAUAGUAUGAUUCUAGAAGAGGCCAAUGAGAAAUGUUUAGAUUAUAAAUAUGAUAAAAUGAUUAAGGAAAUGCAAAACAUUUCAUGGACAUCGGAAGUGGCCAAGGGGGCACGUCAAUGGACCUGGCAGACAUGCAAUGAAUUUGGUUUCUAUCAGACAUCAGAAAAGCCCAGCGAUACAUUUGGUGAUCGUUUCAAAUUGGAUUUCUUUGUCAAGCAGUGUAUGGAUAUUUAUGGUGACAACAUGAAUUCCGACUACCUGAAUUCGGUUAUUUCAUCAACCAAUGCUUAUUAUGGGGGCUUGAAACCCACAACUACAAAUGUUUUAUAUGUUCACGGUUCCAUAGAUCCCUGGCAUGCUUUGGGUUUGAUAAAACCCAUAAAUAAAAAUACUCCAACUAUUUAUAUUGAAGGUACUGCCCAUUGUGCCAACAUGUAUGAACCCAUUAAAACUGAUCCACCUCAACUGGUUGAGGCACGCCAUAAAAUUUUGAAAUUCUUGGCCCAAUUAUUGGAAGGGUAUACAGCAACAAAAAUGUAAAAU